AUGGAAACAGCUGGAGACGGUGUUGCGUGGAUAGACAAGGAUAUACGAGAGCCUGAAAAUCGCGAACCCGAUGGUGGAAGAACAGAGGAGGGAACGCCUCUUGCACCCCUCAGUCCUGGAAUGUCAAGGGGGGAAGAAAGUCCCCAGGUUUACUCCGUUGUCAACUCUGGAGAAGGGACUCCCCGUAGUCCAAUGAGUGAACAUAGGGGGAAGGAAAGUUCCCGAGUCUACCCUGUCGUCAACUCUGCCCAACAAUCUUCGAGUGACAACAGCGACAAUAAGAAACGGAAAUCAAGGCGACAAGAACGCACUACAUCAGAAUCCUCAGAUGAUGAGGACAGCUGCUCAGACACUGAAUCAGAAUCACUUAGCAGUGGCAGUGACAAAAGGGGGCAGAGACCUAAACGACUUCUCAAGCAGAGCACUACCGAAACUUCAAGUGAUGAUGGUGACAUGAUAACACACUGGCCAAAACGAAAAUCUAAACGACUUCGCAAGCAGAGCACUACCGAAACUUCAAGUGAUGAUGGUGACAAGAUAACACACCGGCCAAAACGAAAAAUUCGCAAAUCCAAAAAGACCCACUCCCACCCAAAACAAUCAGACUAA